AUGGAAAACGUAAACAAAAGGGACAUCCUUGUGAAUUAUUUAAAACUGUGCAACAAGAACGAUAUGGCCGAGGCAAUUAUGAAAUACUGCGAUGAGGACCGCGGGAUAGUUUUCAACAGGCACCCCGCCCGAAACGAGAACAAAUUUGGAGCGAUCUACGACUACACGGCUUCUUCGCAGUCCAAAAUAUCAAGCGCGACGAGCUCUUCGCACGAUUUAAAAGGGUCAAUCGAAAAAGGAAGCAAUCGAAGCAAUCGAAGCCGUCACAGCAUAGUGCAAUCCAAAUGCUUCUAUAAGAGUAAAAGCUCUCUGGAAAGUCAGCACAUAGAUAAGCACCCAAGCAGCUACAUCUCAUGCGGCAGCAAAAAGCAGGUGAAGGACGGAGUAGCACACACGAAUGACCCCAUUUCCGAUGUGCUGGAUGACAUGUGUGAAAUUGUAGCACCUGAAGGCAAGGGAAAGUUUUUAAAAUUUAUAGGGGAAAAUUACGUGUACGUCUUGCUGGAAAAUGGCACAUACAAUUGCUACCCUAUGGACCUGCUAAAGCUAAAUCGAUCCUACUUGAAGACAAACGCGAUUUACAACCUUCGAUUGAACUACAAAGACAGGGCGUUAAAUCACACUAGGAAUGUCUUAAAAGAUAAAAUUGCUUCCUUGCAACGUAAAGGGACCCCCUUAAAUGAACAGAAAGGAACUUCCGACGAGUUCGUCGCAUUUCCUGCUCACAUGAACCAUUUGAGAGACUACAUAAUGAAAAACGACUCAGAGAAGGAAAACGCUCCCUUGAGGAAUUACUUGGAGAAUCACUUGGGCAACCACUUGGAGCAUCACGUGAUGCGUCUUCCCCUGAAGAAUGAAGAAUCGGGUGGGGGUGUACCUGACAGGAGUCACAUAUAUGGGAACCACAAUUUGGCUAAAAAAACCGUUAAGGUUAAAUCGUUAAAUAGUAGAUACACGUUGGAGGGGUCCAAGUGGUAUGCCCCCACUGAUCUCAAAAUUGCAAGUGAGGAAAGCUGCACCGCUUGCUGCUGA